CAUGCCAUCUCCCCCGCCUCGCGUUUCCGCGUGACGUCACGAAAUACCGGAAAGCUGCUCGCCACUCAACUGAGAUCCGAGCUGCCAGUUCCUCUGCCACGUUGCUGUACAGAAUUGGUCAGAUGGAGCGAAGACAAUCAGCGGGAGAGAAACCCUUCAAGUGCACUGUGUGUGGGAAGGCAUUUGCAAUGUCAUCACAUCUUAAAACACACCAGAGAAUACACACAGGAGAAACACCCUUCAAGUGCACUGUGUGUGGGAAGGCCUUUGUACAGUCAUCACAUCUUAAAACACACCAGAGAAUACACACAAGAGAAACACCCUUGAAGUUCAUUGUGUGUGGGGAGGCAUUUGCCCAGUCAUCAAAUCUUGAAACACACCAUAAAAUACACACAGGAGAAACACCCUUCAAGUGCACUGUGUGUGGGAAGGCGUUUGCACAGUCAUCACUUCUUAAAAGACACCAGAGAAUAUACACAGGAGAAACACCCUUCAAGUGCACUGUGUGUGGGAAGGCGUUUACACAUUCAUCAUGUCUUGAAAGACACCAUAGAAAACACACAGGAGAAAAACCCUUCAAUUGCACUUUGUGUGGAAAGGCAUUUGCACAGUCAUCACAUCUUAAAAUUCACCAGAGAAGUCACACAGGAGAUAUACCCUUCAAGUGCACUGUGUGUGGGAAGGCGUUUGCACAUUCAUCACAUCUUAAUAGACACCAGAGAAUACACACAGGAGAAACACCCUUCAAUUGCACUGUGUGUGGCAAGGCAUUUGCACAGGUAGGGAAUCUUAAAAGACACAAGAGAACACACACAGGAGAGAAACCAUUCAAGUGUACUGUGUGUAAGAAGGAAUUUUCACGGUCAUCAUAUCUUAAAAAACAUCAGCGAACAAACACAGGAGACACACCUUUAAAGUGCACUGUGUAUGGGAAGGGUUUUAGACAGUUAGGGGAUCAAAACAAGCAUCAAACCAUUCAUCAGGAAAUUAAUCUGAAAUCGGCUUGUGAAAGUCAAAGUGCUGCAAUGAGUCCAUCCCUCAUGAAACAAGAAACAGAAAAACAUUUGAGAUAUGAAACGUGGCCAGGAGUGAAGGCGAAAUGUCAAGAAGUUAAAAUAAACUUGGAAUCAGUGAAGGUGAAGAGCGAAGAAGUAAUGGUAAAAAGUGAAGUGAUAGUGAAGUGUGAGGUAGAAGAUUCAACUCCAAAAUCUGACCUUCACGUCGAUGGAGGCAGCAUGAAGCUGGAGGAGACUGUGGAUGCUGAGGCAGAGCGAGGCAACUCCCAGCAAUUUGUGGAUGUGGAGGUGUGGGUGGAUUUUUUAGGCAAUACUGAGUCAAAUGGAGACCAAGUAGAUGUAUAUCAUUGAUCUUAGGAUAAAGAAGUUCCAUUUAAUUCACAGGCCUUUCCCAUAAGAGUUUUUUUUGGAUUAGAUCGCAUUCUCUUUUUUCUUCUUUCCUUUCUUUUCUUUUUUAUACGUAAAAGUCUCCGCGCACGCUUGCAGGGGAUUUGGCUCUCGGACGGGGUUUAAGACCGAAAAAAUUUGCCAGCCGGCACGCCCUAAGCCCUGCGGUGGGAAUAGACUAUUCCGUUUUCACGUCCGUAAAUUUUAAAGUCGUUUUUUUAACGAUUUAGUGGCAUUCUUAUUUAAAUUAUGUUCUUGUAAUAAGAGUGCGCCACCUACAGGACGAUCGGGUGGUUAUUGCAGAUACGUGUUAUGCUGUCUCACAUCCAAUGAGUGAGAGGGAUUCCAUCUGGGUGAAAGGUAAAUGGGCGGAGCUAGCGGGAAGCCUGGAGAGCCCUCUGGAAGGUUCCGAGAGGGGCGUGGCUAGAGACGGGGCUUAGCCCGCCGAGAGGGAUAUAAGCCGAAGCAACAGAGGACUCUGGGUCGUCGGUGUGAAGAGCCUGGGUCUGAACGCCGUCACCGCCUGCGCUCCCACCAUCAGCCACGUGGCGGGCUCCACCAUCAGAGCCUCUCCUCUCUCCGACACGCAGUCAGCCAGCAGCGGGGAGGAGAGAGCAGCAGGCAGCGAUAGAGAGAGACGCAUGCUGUACUGCAACUUAAGAAUAAAUAAUACAACUGAAGUGAACCCUUGUCGGAGACGCUUAUUACAUACUUAUUGCGCGACAUCGACCAUACCAACUGACGACAAUUGUCUGGUGGGGCGGACCCUGCCAAGUGAUGCGUGUUCGGUCGAGCUCACGGGGGACAUUUUAUUUGACGCGUUUAACAUGCAAUAAAUAUUCACAACGCUGCCGAUUUUUCUUCACAGUCUCAUGUACUCUUCACCCCCCCCCCCCCCCCAACACGAUGUGUGCAGUUACUGCUAUAAAGUCCUUGGAUAAUAAUAUUGUAAUAAGAGCCUAUGUCGGAUUCACGUGGUGAUCGGCUUUGCCGGUCUCGCUUUACAGCCAAUGGGGGGAGAGCCUGGGAGCAUGGCCUCGGCAUGAUCACAGGAUGUCAGCUAGGUGAUUGGUUUUGCUGGUCUUGGCCUCAGCCAAUGGGAAGACAAGUCAGGGGCGUGGUCCCGGGAGUUGAUGGGGAAUCUGGAACAUUCGGCGCAGGCUAUUGAGGAUUGGCUGGAGUGUACCACGUGACCCAGGCGUUAAAUAAGGGGAGAGAGGAGAGACACGUGGUCAGACACGGAGAGAAGAGAGAAAGGGGCCACGCGCGAGUGGGGCUCCGGGUGCCACGUGGCAGUGUGUCUCUGGUGGCUGUCUGCCCGCUUCCCGUUGCCUGCCAGCAAUGGGGAGUGUUUGUGAACUGCAAGAAGUGAAAUAAAA